AUGGAAGCUUUUUCGAGCAUGAUUCGUAAAGCAGUUUCGGCGGGUAUUUUGGAUGGGAUUAAGCUUCCGAACGACGGUCUGAUUCUCUCACACCUUUUGUAUGCAGACGAUUGUGUCUUUAUGGGGAAAUGGUCGGAUAAUAAUUUGAAAUCAGGGUUGAAAUUGAUGAGAUGCUUUUACUUCUGUGCCGGUCUUAAGAUAAAUAUUAAUAAGUCGCUGCUUUUCGGGGUGGGAAUCGAGUCGGCUGAAGUGGAAAGAAUGGCAUCUUUGCUUAAUUGUAAACCGGGUAAUUUUCCUUUCGUUCAUCUUGGGGUCUACGUGGGUUCUAAAAUGCAUAAGAUUGAUAGUUGGAAGGCUGUGUUUGAUGUUUUCGAGUCCAGACUUGCGUUAUGGAAGGCUUCGGUGUUAUCCAUAGGAGGGCGUGUGACGCUUAUAAAGUCGGUUCUCGAGAGUAUCCCUAACUACUUUUUGUCUCUGUUUAAAGCUCCUGUGGGGGUUGUUAAAGGGUUAGAAAAGAUUACUAGGAAAUUUCUUUGGGGGUAA